UGGCUCUUUCUAACCUUAUUUAAAAUAGUUAUUGCAUGACAUUGUGACAUGCAUUAAAGCAUAUUUUGAUUAUUUUGUAUUUUAUGUCUAUCGUAUUGUGAGUAUCGUGAAUAUUAUACAGUAUAAGUAUUCUUCGAUAUAGAUAUUUUAUGCUUUCUUCUGCUCACCUUCUGCUCUAGUGUCUGUGUUCUGUGUAUCAUCGCGUGUACUAUAAACACUAACGAGAAUGGCAGUUCGUACUCACUUUGAAAGUAAAAAUGAAAUUGGUGUUUUUGGGAAAUUAACCAACGCUUAUUGUUUAGCAAGUAUAGGAGGAUCAGAAAUAUUUUACAGUACAUUUGAGGCUGAAUUGGCAGAUACUAUACCAGUAAUUCAUACGUCUUUAGCGGGUUGUCGCAUAAUAGGACGAAUGUGUGUUGGCAAUAAAAAAGGCCUUUUAGUUCCAAAUUCUACAUUUGACCAAGAAUUGCAACAUCUUCGUAAUGCACUUCCAGAUUCAGUUAAAGUUCAAAGAGUUGAAGAAAGACUGUCUGCUUUAGGCAAUGUGAUUGCUUGUAAUGACUAUGUAGCAUUAGUGCACCCAGAUUUGGAUAGAGAAACUGAAGAAAUAAUAGUUGAUACGUUAGGGGUAGAAGUUUUUCGUCAUACAAUAGCUGGCAAUGUACUUGUUGGAUCAUACUGCGUGUUAAAUAAUAGAGGCUGUCUGAUUCAUCCUAAUACUAGUAUAGUAGACCAAGAAGAGUUAUCAUCGUUACUGCAAGUGCCUUUAGUUGCUGGAACAGUUAAUUGUGGUAGUUCUGUUCUUGGUGCUGGUGUAAUUGUUAACGAUUGGAUUGCUUUUACUGGAAUGGACACAACAGCUACUGAAUUGGCAGUCUUAGAAUCUGUUUUCAGGUUGAAUGAAGCAGAACCUAGCAAAAUUACAUCAGAGAUGAGAGCCAGUUUAAUUGAAGGAAUGUCUUAAAAUUCAGUUCUUAUACAACAAUGAAAAUAUAAAAAAUGAUAAUAUACCUAAGUGCAGAUAAAAACUUUAAAAGAUUAACUUCAUUUGCAGAUGUACAAUAUGCAAUAUGUUUUUGUAAAUACCAUAUGACGGAUGACAUUCCUGAUACACUGUUUUAUUUAAUCAUAUGGUAUAUAAAUUUAAUUUCUGAAAUAUUACAUCUGUAAAUAAUUUAAUAUUCUACUUUUCUAUUGCAUUAGUUCUUACUGUAUACAAUAAAGUUAUAAGCUGAUAAAAUUCA